AUGGAAGGGAAAAAGUACAGAUUUAGACAUGCUUUAUGUGAUUUUUGUGGGGAUUACAAAGGUAAAAGGUUUGAGCCCUUAAAUUAGCUCGUUUAUUGUAAGACUUGUAUUCUUCCAAAUCAAAAAUCUAAGACCAUAAACAUCAGGAAACUAGAAUGGUCAGCACUUAAGAUCCUGAGCCAAUUAUUUCAUCUACUUAAGAGUUAGAAAACUAAAUUCCAGUUGAGAAUGGAAUCAGUUGGCUACUACAGUCUUGAAUUAUAAAGACUCUUGAGUGAGAAAUUGAAGAUACUAUAUUUGAUAGAACAGAUUAUCAAGGAUGGUAAGGUAGUUGGGCAGAUAUUUAAGAAAGUUAAGGCUAUGCACAAUAGCAGAUUAGAACUCAUAAUGACUUUGAAUAACAGAGGAGAUGUAUUUGAACCAUAGCUUUUAGACUUUCGAUUGGAAAUUAGCUUCUAACUUCAAUAGUAAUACAAAGAAUCUAGGAAGAUUAUCAAAAAGCUCAGAAUAUUGUAAGGAAAUUGCAAUAAAAUUUCAAAAUAAACGGGUGAUUUAAUUCUGACAGGGAAAACUAAGAUUAAAAUUAAAUUCAAAAUCACUGAUUACGAUUUGUUAGAGUACCAAAUAAUCUGUAUACAAUCAGCAAGAUCUCUUAUAUACGUAUUCACACAAACAGAUAUCUUGAUCUUUGACCCAAGUAAACCUAAAGAGCUUGCUUACACUAUAUGUUUUCAAGAAAUGUACAUUCAAGGUUGCCUAAAUGUUGUGUACAAUAAAUGGCAUAAAAAUCUGAUAUGUUUAACUUGA